GUAAGAAGGUAAGGGAGAAAACCAACACGCAGCCCCGGAGAGCUGGAAAAGCAGGGUGGUGGAUAAAGGCGCACAGGCUGUGGCCAUGGCCACGUUCACGCGGGAAGAGUUCUAUCAGCAGCUGCUGAGUGGUUGCGUGCUGCCCACCGCUCAGCAGGGCUUUGAACAGGUCUGGACGCUUCUUCUCUUGUGCUUCGCGUGCCGCCUCCUUUGGAGAUUGGCCCUGCCUUCCUAUGCUAAGCACCUGAGCACUGUGGCAAGUGGCUUCUAUGCCCUCUACCACUUCUUCCAGCUGCAGAUGGUGUGGGUUGUCCUCCUUAGCCUCCUGUGCUACCUGGUGCUGUUCCUGUGUCGCCACUCGACUCAACGCGGCGUCCUGCUCUCCAUCACCAUCCUCAUCUACUUGCUUAUGGGGGAGAUGCACAUGGUGGACACUGUGAGCUGGCAUAAGAUGAGAGGUGCCCAGAUGAUUGUGGCCAUGAAAGCUGUGUCGCUGGGCUUUGAUCUGGACCGGGGGGAGGUGGCAGCCAUCCCUUCCCCAGUUGAGUUCAUGGGUUAUAUCUACUUCGUCGGAACCGUUAUCUUUGGACCCUGGUUCCGCUUCCGCACCUACCUGCAGGCUGUGGAGAGCCGGAGAAUGAGCUUCUCCUGGUUCCAGAAGGUCUUCCUGAGCUUCUUCCUCUGCCUUGUGUGCCUCAUCAUGUCCACAUGUGUAGCCCCCUAUCUCUUCUCUUACUUAAUACCCCUCUACAGCUACAAACUACUCAGGAAGUGGCUCCGGGCUUACGAGAGUGCCAGUUCUUUCCACUUCAGCAACUAUUUUGUGGGCUUCCUGUCCGAAACAACGGCCACGUUGGCGGGGUCCGGCUUCACGGAGGAGAAGGACCAUUUGAAAUGGGACCUGACCGUCUCUCGCCCCCUGAGUGUGGAGCUGCCCCGAUCAAUGGUGGAGGUGGUCACCAGCUGGAACCUGCCCAUGUCUCGUUGGCUCAACUCCUAUGUUUUUAAGAACUCUCUGAAAUUGGGCACUUUUUCAGCCAUCAUUGUAACCUACGCAGCUAGUGCCCUCUUACAUGGCCUGAGCUUUCACCUGGCUGCCGUGCUGCUGUCCCUGGGCUUCAUCACUUACAUUGAACAUGUUCUCCGGAAGAGGCUCUCUGUCAUUUUUGAUGCCUGCAUACUCUCCAAGAGGUGCCAGCCAGGUUGUUCACAUCGCCACAACACGAAUCUUUGGGUUCUCCUCCUCAACCUGCUCUUUGGGGCUCUCGCGGUCUUCCACUUGGCUUAUCUAGGCUCAUUAUUUGACAUGGAUGCGGAUGACUCUAUGGAAGAACAGGGCUACGGCAUGUCGUAUACCAUCUACAAAUGGUCUGAAUUGAGCUGGGCCAGCCACUGGAUGACCUUUGGAUGUUGGGUCUUCUACCGCCUCAUCAGCUGAACAGCAACCUCCAUGCAGACCUGGGAGGAGAGGCAGAACUGAAGACUUCAUCUCCUUCAAGAACUUUGGACGCCAUUGUGGUCUUGGCUGCUCCGGACACUUGGCUGAUCCCUUUUCCCUCUGGGGCGUUUGCAGAGGGAAGGGGCCCCUGGUCAGCGUACACCAUGCACCACACCAUGUCCUGACCCCUGGCCUUCAAAAGGAAUCAGAUUAGGUCCCUACGAAAAGGGCCUU